GGUGGAGUGGAGAGAUGGAAUUUAGAAAAUGCCUCAGAAGCUGCUACAUGUACUUGGGAAAGUGUCUGUGGUCAUAUGCACACUGUCUGCAUAGGAAUACAUGAUUUCCCUUGUAUUUUUCUCACUGAAAUAGAAUCAAGAGAAUGGUGCUCAGUAUGGAGGGCAUUCCAGGGCUGCUCUACCUCCUGCUGCUCUCUGCCACUGGGCAGGUGAGCUCUUACGGUGCUCCCUGGAGACCCACUUGGCCUGCUUACCGCCUCCCUGUCGUCUUGCCCCAGUCUACCCUCAACUUAGCCAAGCCAGACUUUGAGGCUGAAGCCAAAUUGGAAGUGUCCUCCUCCUGUGGACCCCAGUGCCAUAAGGGAACUCCACUGCCCACAUAUGAAGAGGUCAAGCAGUACCUGUCUUAUGAAACGCUCUAUGCCAACGGCAGCCGCACGGAGACACAGGUGGGCAUCUACGUCCUCAGCGGUAAUGGAGGCGGGGCCCAGCACCAAGAUGCAGAGCCUUCGGGAAAGUCUCGGAGGAAGCGGCAGAUUUAUGGCUACGACAGCAGGUUCAGCAUUUUUGGGAAGGACUUCCUGCUUAACUACCCCUUCUCAACCUCUGUGAAGUUAUCUACAGGCUGCACUGGCACCCUGGUGGCAGAGAAGCAUGUUCUUACAGCUGCCCACUGCAUCCACGAUGGAAAAACCUAUGUGAAAGGAACCCAGAAACUUCGAGUGGGCUUCCUGAAGCCCAAGUUUAAAGAUGGUGGUCGGGGGACCAACGAGUCAAACCCAGCCAUGCCUGAGAAGAUGAAAUUUCAGUGGAUUCGGGUGAAACGCACCCACGUGCCCAAGGGUUGGAUCAAGGGUAAUGCCAAUGACAUUGGCAUGGAUUAUGACUAUGCUCUCUUGGAGCUCAAAAAACCUCACAAGAGAAAAUUCAUGAAGAUUGGGGUGAGCCCUCCCGCUAAACAGCUGCCAGGGGGCAGAAUCCACUUCUCUGGUUAUGACAAUGAUCGACCAGGCAAUUUGGUGUAUCGCUUCUGUGACGUCAAAGAUGAGACCUACGACCUGCUAUACCAGCAGUGUGAUGCCCAGCCUGGGGCCAGCGGGUCAGGGGUGUAUGUGAGGAUGUGGAAGAGACAGCAGCAGAAAUGGGAACGAAAAAUCAUUGGCAUCUUUUCAGGGCACCAGUGGGUGGACAUGAAUGGUACCCCGCAGGAUUUUAAUGUGGCCGUUAGGAUCACCCCUCUCAAAUACGCCCAGAUUUGCUAUUGGAUUAAAGGAAACUACCUGGAUUGUAGGGAGGGGUGAUACCAUGUUGCUUCCUAGCAGCUCUUAAUGGUCUUUAUGCACUUAUUUUAGGAGCAGCCAAAUUUCAUCAUUGGCACAUGUGUGUAUGUAUGUUUGUAAAAUGUGUCUUUAAUUUCUUAAAACUGUAAGAUGACUACCUUUAUUUGAAAACUGGUUUGCAAAUCACAUUAUAUCAUUUAAGCAGUGUGAAGGCAUACUUUUGCUUAUAAAUAGCAUACUGAUGUUUGGGGACAUAUUUGGCUAUUAAGUUAAUCUUUCACUUUCUUGAGAAUUUCAAUUUUUAUGCCAUCUGAACUUGUUUCAAAGGUUUAUAUUAAAUAUGUGGAGUAUAGGAGAUUUGAAUUCUUA